AUGAGUCACGUCACCCAUCUGUUUAAAUGUAUACUCAAAGCUAACCGUGUGACCCCUGCAGGUCUCCGGGCCUGGGAGAAGGCAUGUUGCUGGUGUCUUUGGGUGCGCCAGAGCCGAGCGAGAUUCCACGAUGUUAGCGGCCAUGCUUCCACCCAGGCACCGGCAAGGAAUGCGUCUAUUUGGCCGCCGGAAACCCCUUCGUCGACCUCAGGUGUGCCAUAUCACGAGAUACAGGACCGAUCGAUAUACGUGAAUGAGGUCUGUAUGCAGACUGACCAGUUACUCUCACGAUGCGAGGACCACGAAGACUUGCUCGUUCUACUGGUGACCCACAGAGGUGUCAUGUAUCUCCACAACCUGGUGACUGCAAUAAGGAUGCUGCAGGGGUUCGCAGAACGUGACCGCCUGGAGAGAACGCAACCAGACGCCGAUGACCUUUUCUCAGGAUACAAAGAAGUAUUCAGCAGUGAUGUGGAUCUGGAUAGCUCACAAGGUGUCGUGUACGCUGCGCAGUCGACUCCAAAUGAGGGCGCAGCGAAACCGACCGUUGGUGCUUACGGCCAAGACGAAACGCAUGGUGCGAACGUCGUAACUAAUAAUAUGCAACCGAAUCAAUUGACUGCCCAGAAUGAGCAUCUGGGGGUGACGGAAAACCUUAAAUAUGAUCCAGAUGCGUUGACGGAAACGCAGCAAAGCAUCCUGAAGAAGGCCACCGAUGAGAUUCUAACGCACUUCACCAACCCGGCCAACAGACAUUACCUCAGCUGCAGGCAGCACAGUAGGCCGGUAGCGGAGAUAAUAGUGAGAGACGAAAGGUACGACUUGUUGCUACACGAUCUCUACGAAAACCGCCACAAACUCGACGUGGAGUCGGCAUGCCACAUCAUCAUAGCGUUGGACGCGCUCGAACACAGAUACUUCAGACUGUACAACGGGAUCUUGCGGCACCUUUUGCGAUUGCCGCUAGAUCGUCUGGAAUACGAUGUCGCCCAUGACAGCGGUAAACUGUUGUUGAAGGCGUGUCAAUGCUACGUCCGAGCCGGAUUCUAUGAUAUACCACUGUAUUCGAAGGUAUGCAGGGAGAUAUACAAACUGCCGAUGGAGCAUACUGAAGCUCAUGCAAAUGCCAUAAUGGUCAUGGAUACGCUAAAAAUCUUUGCCAAAGUCGACGUAUACGACCACGAAGUCUUCUCGCGAGCAGCUGCGCUACUGCCACGGCUGCCACUAACCGUUAACGACCUCAGCCAUGUUGCUAUGGCCUACGCGGCGCAUCAGAACUACAGCAAGAUGCACGACGAUGUGCUGGUGUGGAUAGCAAAGCAGAUACAGGAAAGGCAGAAUGAGUUUGGCACGUUGGAAUUGGCCAGGUGCGUACAUGCAUUUGCCUCCAUGAGGCUAUACUUCGGUCCGGCCUACAGCAGCCUCGCUCAGCGACUUAUUGAUGAACUCGAAACGGCAACACAUGUGUAUACCAAGACGCAGCUUACAAUACCUCAAAUGGCUGUCGUAGCGUAUCAUGUUGCAAAUUUCGCCCAGCACGCAGAAGAAACUCAAGCGCUCGUGCGAGGCCUUAUGACCUACCUUGAAGAGCACAUCGAUGAUUUGGACGAGAAGUCGGCAAUAAUGCUAGCUUUCGCAGUAUGUGCCACCAGUGCCCAUGACACCAACCCAUACAUCCUCUCAUUCCUGCUGCGGAAGAUAGGCAGCGGUACGGUCUGGGAGCAAUACAAAUAUCGUGUGUUUGCAAUAUGGCUCUACCAGGUCGUCAGGUUUCCCGAAUUAAACGUGAACAUGCCAAAAAGAUGCAUCACUGCUGGUAUGAGGGAAUGGCUGUUGAGGCACGGAAAUGGCACACAAUUCGGGGCGGAAAUUGAGGAGAUGGCGGAUAUACUGCAAAACGAACUUGGGCUUAAGAACGUCACACCUCAGACUACGACACAUAGGCCUACUAACUACACUGCCUCAGAGGGCAAGGGAUCCGCCGAUGCCAUUGAAGCUAUAUCGGCCCUGGAAAUCAAUAUCGAUGGAGAGAUGUUGCAAAUUGUCGUCAACGAAACCAGUUGCCGCAACGACCCUUCAAAGCCGAUAGGCGUGGACCUGAUUAUACACAACUUGCUCAAGCGGUCCGGAGUGCAGGUGCACUCCGUUAACUUCCAGCUCUGGCGUUCAAUAAAUCGGGUGCUGAAGAAGGCCUACCUUCAGGAUACAUUGAACGAAUACAUGUCCGUGCCUGAAUAA